GGGAGCAAGCAGAGGAGGAGCCAGAGUCUAACACAGUCAGCAGGCAGUCAGUCAUGGACUCCUUAUGCAGCAGCUGGCUCCCCACCCAGACACUGAUUCUCCAAAUCAGUCUCAUUUUUGGCUUAGCUAGUCCGUCACCAGAUUCUCAAGCUGUCAAAUACCCCAGCUCUUCCUGCACAUUGAAAAGGACUGUGGGGACAUCUGUCCAGCUGACACUGACCUCCCCUUUGGAUCCUAACAUCCGAGAGAUUGAGUGGAAUUGGCAACCUGAGGAUGAUGAGAAAACACGGCUUCUAGUGUCCUGGAAGCCUCAGAUCCCUAAUCCUGACUGGUAUGAUCUUGAAGAAAUAUACAAGCACAGACUCAACCUAACAGAGAUGGCUUUCUUGAGCAUCAGGAACCUCACCAUGGAAAUGAGUGGACUAUAUACAGCAAAAAUCAAAUUCAACUCAGGAAAAUCAAAUGAGGAAGCAUUUAGACUCUGUUUAUAUGAUCCCAUCCCCCACCCCCAGAUCCAGAUUCGUUCAUCAUCUAACACAUCUGUCUGGUGCAACAUCAGUCUAGAAUGUGAGAUCCCAGGAAACACAGGGAACCUGACAGUGACCUGGCUAAGCCAGGGCUUCUCCAGGCACCUGGAGCAGAGAGGGAUACCCCCCAACUCCAGGAACCUAAGCCUGAGCCUGCCUAUAAGCCAUGUCAACAGUCACCUCACCUGUGUGGUUAACAACUCUGCAGAAGAGAAGAAUGCAACCUUGCACCUGGAGGACAUCUGUCCCUGGAGGGGUUCUCUUCAGAGCAAAUGGCGUUGGCUUGGCAUCCUUCUCAUGGCUCUGAUGGUGAGCCUAGGGGCCGGAGUGUGGAUCUGGAUAAGAAAGAAGAUGCAGACCAGGAGAGGUGAGUCCACUCUCCUGCCAGAGGCUCCAGGCAUGAAAGCUACUCCCCAGGCCCUUCCCACAGAGGAAUCUGCUAACCUUCAGACUGGUGUGACCAACAGCCUAGACUCUGCCUAUGAAGAGAUCAGCUUCCUGAGACACCUUAAGAAAGACUCGGAGAAGGGCAACUGCCACUCACAUAACCCUGAGCGUACUUCAGCCGUCCACACUAUCUACGAGAAGAUCCGGAGAAGUCCAAAACCCCAGGGUGAUGCUUAGCCCAUGAUAAAACCAGAGCAUGAGGGGGACCUUGGCAAGGUCUGUCCCAUCCAUUUACCCCUUUACCCUUGGGCCCCCAAAGAUCCCUCCUAAAGGUGGAGCUGGGACUAGAGCCUAGAUCUUCCUGAACAAUCUCACUGAGCUGCUCUCCCAAGUUCCUACCAAAAUUUUCUCGCAUCACAGAUGGUAGGUGGUGGCUCUUCCAGUUAAAUAACCAAAUAUGAGAAGCAAAGCCUUCAGCCUUCAGCCUUCAGCCACACUUUGGACCUGUGAACCUCUUAACCCUGUUAGGGUAUACUCAUGGUCAGGUAGGACCUGCACAGGGAUAGUGGAGGGAAAGAGAUGAUUUCUCUGAACAGGGAGGAACUUGGGGCCUCUGAGAAGGAUGAGCCUUGUGGGGAGGACCUUCAGGGUUUCACAGUCAGCUCACCACUAUGAAGAGUGAAAAGAACGGCCCUUGACUAUUAUAAAAAAGAGGCCUGUAGGUACAAGAUUCAAGGUCAGCUGCAUUGUAGAGGGGAGUGGUGGAAAGAGAAGUAAACUGGUUUUUUUGUCUUUUUUUUUUUUUUAGCUCUGUCAUAUACUAGAGUUAAUUAUAGACACAGGAAAUGUACUAUCUAGGUUCUCAAAGUUCAAUUCACACACUCUUAUAUUUUCAAUAAAUUAUACAUGCUUGCACAAAAGUCAAAAGGCAUAUCUUAUUGAAAUAAUAAUUCUUCAUCAUUUUAUUGUUAUUAAAAAUGGGGUCUUGUUCCCCUUGUGUAUUCUAAUUUUAUUAAGAUAAUACAUAUGAAUCAUAUAUUAAGCCAUGUUAUUCAAUGUCUCUACAGUUUGUAACAGUUUUUCAUUUGAUCCCUUUGAAUUCAGGGAUAAAUAAAAAUGUUAACAAAUGAUUAUAACUUAUGCUUCCUUCUUUCCAAUGUUUAUGCUUCAUUCUCUUUUCUUAUCUAAUUGAAUUGGCUAAUACUUCCAAAGCCAUGUUAAAUUAUCAUGAAGAUUAUCCUUAUAUUGUUCCUAACUCUAAUAUAAAUGCUUCUAGUGUUUCUCCAUUAAGCACGAUUUUGUGUUUUGGGUACGGCAUAUCUGCGGUAUCAUGUUAAGGAAGUAUAUAUUUAGUCUUAUUUUAUCUCAUAUUUUAUCAAGAAUUUUACCAAGAAUAAUGUAUUAAAUUGUAUUGUUUCCCACUUAUCACCUGUGAAGAUAGCAUAUGGUUUUCUUUUUUAAUCCAUUAAUAAUAAAUUAAUAGAUGUCUUAGGAUUGAACUAUUUCAAUAUUAGAAUAAAUCUCAGUUAAUGUGUAUUAUUUUUUUAAUGUGAUAGUGUUUGACAAUAUCUUUAUUUAGGAUUUUUGCAUCCUUAUUCAUAAAUGAACUUCUCUUGCACUUUCUUUCGUGGUUUUUUGGUCAGUUUGGUAUUUGUGUCAUGCUUAUUAAAGAUCCCUUUAUCCUCAUUUUGUGUAAUAAUUUAAAAUUUGCUUUAUAGUUAAAAAAAGAUUUUUUUUAAGAAAAUGGUUCUCGUUA